AUUAGUCCUUCGUGGCGUUACGUUUUCAUUGUAUUAUUGACCUUUGCUGUGAGCGCCCAAAUUCAAAAUGCGUUUACAUUUAAUUUGUUUAAUAUUAACAGCGUUUCAUGGCAGCAUUUUAACGGAAGAACUAGAAGAUCCAGUGCUAUCAGUAGGCAAGGAUGGAGGACCGUCAGUGGGCAAGGAUGGUGUGUCAUCAGUAGGCAAGGAUGGUGUGCCAUCGGUAGGCAAGGAUGGAGUGCCCUCAGUGGGAAAGGAUGGUGUGCCAUCGGUGAGCAAGGAUGGAGUGCCGUCAGUGGGCAAGGAUGGUGUGCCAUCGGUGGGCAAGAUUGAAGUGCCAUCAGUAGGCAAGGAUGGAGUGCCAUCAGUGGGCAAGGAUGGAGUGCCAUCAGUGGAAAAGGAUGGAGUGCCAUCAGUGGGCAAGGAUGGAGUGCCAUCAGUGGAAAAGGAUGGAGUAGCGUCAGUGGGCAAGGAUGGUGUGCCACCAAUGGGCAAGGAUGGUGUGCCAUCAGUGGGCAAGGAUGGUGUGCCAUCAGUGGGCAAGGAAGGUGUGCCAUCAGUAGUAAAGACUGGAGUGGCAUCAGUGGGCAAGGAUAGUGUGCCAUCGGUGGGCAAGGUUGAAGUGCCAUCAGUAGGCAAGGAUGGAGUCCCAUCAGUGGGCAAGGAUGGUGUGCCAUUAGUGGACAAAGAUGGUGUGCUAUCAGUAGGCAAGGAUGGUGUGCCAUCAGUGGACAAGGAUGGAGUGCCGUCAGUGGGCAAGGACGGAGUGCCGUCGGUAAGCAAGGAUGGAGUACCGUCAGUGGACAAGGAUGGUGUGUCAUCAGUUGGCAGAGAUGGUGUACCAUCAGUGGGCAAGGAUGGAGCGCCGUCAGUGGUCAAAGACGGUGUGCCAUCAGUGGGCAAGGAUGGAGUGCCAUCAGUAGGCAAGGAUGGUGCACCAUCAGUGGGCAAGGAAGGUGUGCCAUCAGUAGGCAAGGAUGGAGUGCCGUCAGCGGGCAAGGAUAUUGCGCCAUCGGUGGGCAAGGAUGGAGUGCCAUCAGUGGGCAAGGAUGGUGUGCCAUCGGUGGGCAAGGGCGGAGUUCCGUCGGUAAGCAAGGAUGGAGUGCCGUCAGUGGGCAAAGAUGGUGUGCCAACAGUGGGCAAGGAUGGAGUGCCGUCAGUGGAGAAGGAUGGUAUGCCAUCAGUAGGCAAGGAUAGUGUGCCAUUAGUAGGCAAGGAUGGUGUGCCAUCAGUAGGCAAGGAUGGAGUGCCAUCAGUACGCAAGGAUGGAGUGCCAUCAGAAGGCAAGGAUGGAGUGUCAUCAGUAGGCAAGGAUGGAGUGCCAUCUGUGAGCAAGGAUGGAGUACCGUCAGUGGACAAGGAUGGUGUGCCAUCAGUAGGCAAGGUUGGUGCGCCAACAGUAGGCAAGGAUGGUGCGCCAUUAGUAGGCAAGGAUGGAGUGCCAUCAGUAGGCAAUGAUGGAGAGCCGUCAGUAAGCAAAGAUGGGGAGCCACCAGCAGGCAAGAAUGCAAAGCAACCAGUAGGCAAGGACAUUGAUGAACCAACAGUAGAAGUAAAAUUAAGGUCGGCAGAAAAGGCACCGAUCGCAACGGAUCAAAAAAAAGAUAAAAGUUCCUCGUCAACGGGACACACUGUCGCCAUACUGAUAUCGUCCAUGAUCAUCGCCGGUGCCUUCAUUUAUGCUACCACAAUAGUGUAUCGGCGAUAUAAGGCUAAAACAUACAAUGUAAGACGGCAAAACAUCGAACUAGGUCACCAAAAUUGACCAAUUCAACUGGCAAUGAAGGAAAUGGCCAGGAACUGCUAUAGAUUUAAGUGUUUUUAUUAAAAUGCAGUAUGUAUGUGUACAGACGUGAUUGACAUUAGGAAGUUCUUUGUGAAUAUACAGAUGUGAGAUGAGAAAUGUAUGAUAAGGUGUAAUUGUUAUUUAAUGUUUAUGUAUAAAUUUCUAUCAAAUAGAAUUUGACUUGUAAAUUUUAAUAGACUAAUACUUAAUAGACUUUAAAAAAAUAUUACCUUGAUAAUAAUUAAUGUCGGUAAUUAUGGAGUAUUAAAAAUUAAUGUAAAGACGAUAUUUGUAUAUUGUGGUUUCUUUUUUUGUAUUAAUAUUAUAAAAUUUACGUAAAGGUAUAGGUUCAAGCCCCGUAAAACACAACUGAGUUGAGUAGUAAAUUUGUCUGUAUAAUUCAUCUCGUGGUCGUUAGUGUGGCAUGUGUUGGAUGACAUUGUACCACAAGUGUAUCCGCCUUAUCACAUCAACAUGACUUGAUGGGAUAAGCUUCGAACUCCUAGAGGAUACGAGGCCUUGGAUCAGAUUUUAUCAUGUUUAAUUAUUUUUAAAAAUAUCUCUAUAAUUGUUAUUUUUUUCAAAUUUAUUUAAAAGCAGACUAGGUAAAUGGGCCACCGCCAGACUAGGUAAGGAAGCACAACCGCCCACUUUACUUGGAAGCUAAAAUGUUAUGUUCCUUGUGUCUGUACUUAUACAGGGUCACUCACACUUGGAAACACAACUGUACUUAUAAAAAUAUUACUGUUUGUUUGUAGAAUAUGAGAUGUGUGGAUUAUACGGAUUGUAUUUUUUUUUCUUUUAGAUUUAUGUAGCUUUAUGAUUGACAAAAUGAAUUUGUUCUUCUUUGCAUUAUUGUUGGAGACAAAUAGCAUGAAAAAAAAUAUAUAUUGCAACAAAAUUUUGCAAUUAUUAAAAUAGGUGAAGGUAUUGGCAGUUAUAUCGAUAAAAAGCAAUUUUUAUAAUAACAUAAUAUGUACGAGUUGUUAGU